AACUAAUGAUAACACGACAUGGACAGGUACGUGUUGGUUGUAGCUUUUUGUCAAACUGACGACGACGGACCAGAAGACUACAAAUGUCUGGAGUCAGUGCAGCACAUAUAUGACACACUUGACAUCUCAACUCAGGAAUCAGCCAAGGGGAUCUCUGCAUUCCCAGCUUGUUCUCUUAGUGGAAGCCCAUCAGUUCAGAGGUGGUACUUCGCUGUUCAGGCCUCCCAGAGAGUGACGCAGUUUUGCAGCUCAGACUGGGAGGAGCUGGGGACGAGCCAUCAGAAAGAUGAAAGUGAAGAAGAAAAGUCUACUGCUUUGGAGUUAUGUCUCAGUUCUCUGAGUAAUCAAGAGGGAUCAGGCCAAAAAGCUGACGAGCUGGCACUAACUGAGCUGUUGGAGGAAGCUGCAGAAGGACUGCAAGUACUGUCGGACAAGCUUCCACCUCCAGGUAAAGCCCUGUUGGAUGUACUGGUGUUGGGCUCUGCUGAACAGUCUCCUGCUUUAAAAUGCCUGCUGCCUCUGCUGGGAGCCCUCAAACACAUGAGCUGCUGGCAUGCAGCGAAGAUCACUGUAGUCACGCAGCACAGCACUGGGUGGCAGAAAGCUGCAUCCUAUCUCAGCGCUCAUCUGGUGGAGCCUGCUGACCUGGGCAGCUGUAUCGAUCCCAGCGAACUGUGGAGGGGAGGCUUGGUUAUCAGAGAGAAGAAGUAUGUGUCGGAGCUACGUUUCGAUGGCUUUUCUCUGCGCUCUCCCAUGCAUCAAAUAUCGAGGUCCAGUCUCUUCCAAGCUCUCCACUCCACAACAGACCACAAACUACAUUCUGAGGCCUUUCAUUACUACGCACCAGUUAUGGACUUGGUUCAGUUGAUUAAUCUGUCUGACCUGCCUGGCUUCCUGAGCUCCAGCACCCAGUUUGACCUAGGUCUGUCCGGGAAGUCGGCUAAAGCUAAACUUCUGUUGGACCAGUUGAGGUCACUGCGUGGAAAGGUUGGAGCGUUGUUCAGCCUGUCCUGUAUAAUCACCCCCGUUGCCCAGCCCCCUGCCAGCCAGCUCAGCUCCCAGCGCUGGAGAGAGUCUCUAGCCAGGAGACCAAAGUCUUUACCCGUGCCUGAUGUAGAGGUCAAAGGUGAGAGCGCUCACUAUUUCCUGUUGGUCCAGGGCUCAGAUGACGUUCAGGCUCUCCAGGUCAGGAUGUUGUACUCAGACAGUCAAAUCAACGGAGCGGCUGCCAUGGCAACAGUCUCUGGUUUGCUGAGAGAGAAGUCACGCUCAUCAUCAGGAGGAGUUAUGGGCAGCAUCCUUCGCCCCCUGCCCUGUCUCCAAGGAGACAGCCUGCUGAAGAGAGAGUCGAAGGUGACCCAAGUCCAGACGCUGGUACUCAAAGAAUAUCUCAGACAGAAAGAAGAUACCUCAGUACCUGUCAAUGACCUUAAGACCAUUCUGAGUCUGGCCAGGGAGCAGUAUCUGAAGAUGAUUGACUCCACUCUGCCCUCUGCCGCCUCCUGUCUGACAGACGACCAGGAGAGCUUGGCCACCAAGAACUCAGGUUUUCACACCAUUUCGCACCAGCCAUCUGAUUGGCCUGAGAGGAGCGUCCUCCACAACAUAGAAAACCUUCAGAGGAGACGACAGAAGAGGAGGUUUGGGCUGUUAGGUUCAGGCUCCAGUGACAGCCUGCUGGGUCCCAAAGACAGUCAGAAGGGCUCCUCUGCUCUACUUGAUGCCAAAGAGCUUCUAAAACACUUCACAUCUGAUGGCAUGCCGAGUGGGGAGCUACAACCACUGGCUGUCAAUAGAGGUGUCAAUGUGUUUCAGUUGUCAGCCGAUGUGUCUCCCAGGAAGCUCAGCCAGAUGCCCUUCAGCAAGGCCUCAACCUCCCAUUACCACGGCAUAGAGUACUGCCUGGACAACCAGCGCUCCUUGGACCGGGACCAGGCUUUUGUACGGCUCCAAUCCCGUCUGAUUCGCUACGAAACCCAAACUACCUGCUCCAAGGAGCCCAGUGCCCUCCCCUUUGCUCUCAGCCCCGCCCCCUCCCCUGCUGUGAUCUCAGAACCAGGAAGUGUACCUGAUGGAGAGACUCUACAGAAUGCUGACGUUGCACGACUCAAACGCAGGUCGUGGGAUACGGACAUUAUUGGAGGUUAUUCUCGUAAAAGACUGGUGAAGUCGGAGAGCAGCGACUCCCUCUGUUCACAGAGCAGUGGCAGCAGUGGGACACACCCUGCCAUCAGGUCUCUACGGCAGCAGCCAAGUAGAUCCCAGUCCACAUCAACCUCCUCCAUUUCCUCUUCAGCAACAAGACAGACAACCUCAGGUUUGGUGAAUCACUCCUCUGUUGACAAACCCAAACCCCAACAGACACAUCAUGGGCAACCAGAGGACAAAUAUUCCAAGGAAUCCCGUUCCCAGAAACACAACAGGAUGCUGCAGGAGGUCGUAGCUAAAACACUCAAGCACCACGGGAUCACUGUCGAGCAUAAAUGCUUUGAGGCCUGCAGCAAAAGACUGUUUGAUAUCUCAAAAUUCUAUCUCAAGGAUCUGAAGACAUCUCGGGGUCUGCAUGAUGAGAUGAAGAAGGCAGCUGACAGCAAUGUGAAACAGGUCAUUGACUGGGUGCUGGAGAAGUCCUCAAAGAAAUGAAAAUGAACCUGAAGAUGAAGUGGAAAAAA